UUAAAAUCCUUGAAAAAAUUGAAUCAAAUGAAUAAUAAAUCUAGAGAGAGAAAGUGGUAGUGUAGUGGGAGAAAAAGCACCCCAAAUUCCAACUACAGCAAAGCUUUUGGUGUACUCUACUACUUCCACAUUACAGAGCUGAGCGAAAAGGACUUUUGGGGACUCGCGAGCUUUUCUCUCCCUUCUCGGUUACGUACAGUCUUUCAAAGUUUACCCCCCUCUCCUUCUCUCUUUCUUUCUCUCUCUACUUUUUCUCUUUCUAUAUCAGAUUUCACCACUACCCUCACUCUCUCUCUCUCUACCCUGUAUCGCUCUGGUUUUGGUUGAUCUAAGUUGAUUUACAUCAAAAGAAGCCAUUGAAACUCUAAAUUUGGAUUAGUAUGCGGGUAUAGUUUUGCUUUAUAGAAGAUUUUUAUAUAUUUUCUUGUGUACAUACAAAGACCCUGUGCAAAUAUGUUCACUGAAGGACUUGACAACAAUGGUCGACGAUGGGUUAGAGAGGGUUCUGUUAAUCAGAAGAAGGAAGUUCCUUACUCAAUGUCGAACCUAAGACCUCGAGUUGAUCCCAUUUUUAACACGCGGAGUGGUGGUACUCAAGGUGUUAGAUUGCCUCCUCCAUCGAAAUUCGUGAGUGGGCAUUUAUCCGGGGUAAUUCCAGUAUCACGAGUCAUGCCCGGUGAUGUGGAUGAUAGUGGCUCUGCCUCUGAGAAUGGUCUAACCACUGAUUCAGAAGAAGAGGAGGUUUAUGGGGGAAGAUACUCGCUUGAUUCGUCGUCGCCACAGGAUGAUAGAGUUCCUACAAAUGCUGCUGCUAGAAGAUACUACAAUCCUUCACAGAGGCGACCGGCUUAUGCCAGUGAUUCUAUGUACUCCGGUGAUGUUAGUUCGUCUAGGGAAACUCUUGAUAGAGGGCAUGGAAAUGUGGCGGAGAGGCUUAUGAGGGGAGCCAAUCGGUACCCGGUUGGAACGAAUGGUCAUACGAUUCACACUGAGGACGAGUCCUCAGAUUCUCCCACUAGCUCUGAAUUUUCAACCUCACAAAUGGGUAGUAAGAAUGGACCCGUGCCUCGCUCAACUAUGUAUGCUUCCGAGGGGUAUUCAUCUAGUAUUCCUUCAUGGAUGAAUGGGGAAAGUGCUCCUGAAAAGGAAUUACAUGCUAAAAACUUGCAGAAUGGAAGGCUCUCUGAUGAUGAUAUUCCAAGUGCUCCUCCUUUUUGUGGUUCUACCAUAAAAACUGAACAAAGUCCAAUGCGUAGUGAACGGUGCACACCUCGUGUAGCUGAUUCAGAUGAUUUUUCUGUCAGAAAUGAAAAAAAUAUUUCGGAAAGCAUACCUGCUCAGGCUGCUCGGGUUUAUCCACAGGAUAAUGCUGGACAGAAGAUACCUGACCCGUCUGUCAGGACUGCUGCUGGCAUAGAAAGUGGUACACCUUCAGGUUCAUUUCCAGCUCGCCUCCCUACAUUUCAUGCAAGUGCGCAAGGGCCAUGGCAUGCUGUGAUUGCAUAUGACGCUUGUGUUCGACUUUGCCUUCAUGCUUGGGCAAGGCAAUGCAUGGAAGCGCCCAUGUUUCUGGAAAAUGAAUGUGCUCUGUUGCGAAAUGCAUUUGGUUUGCAGCAAGUGCUAUUACAAUCAGAAGAGGAACUAUUGAUGAAGCGCACUUCAGAGCUCUCUAACGAGGGAUCUGCCCCAAAACCUAAGAAAAUGGUUGGAAAGAUGAAGGUGCAAGUUCGUAAGGUUAAAAUGGGUCUGGACCCACCCACAGGCUGCAGUUUUUCAUCCCUAAGGACACCAAAAAUAAAACUAGAAUCUGUUCGAUACCACUUCUCUAGUUUACGUUCAACACUUUCUUCUGGAUGGCAAGCAGUGCGGAAAAUCCGUUUUGUACCUCGUAUACCUGCAAAUGGUUCUUUUCCUCGCCAGAGUUUGGCAUAUGUGCAAGCAAGUGCUCAGUAUGUAAAACAGGUAUCUGGACUCCUCAAAGUUGGCGUUACAACUCUGCGCAGCAGUCCUUCAUCUUAUGAAGUAGUGCAAGAAACACACUCUUGCUUGUUGCGGCUAAAAAGUUCAAGUGAAGAGGAUGCCAUUCGGAUGCAACCUGGAUCUGGUGAAACCCAUUUAUUCUUUCCAGAUAGCCUAGGGGAUGAUUUAAUUGUUGAAGUCCAGGAUUCCAAGGGGAAGCAAUAUGGUCAUGUCCAUGCUCAAGUGGCUGCUAUUGCAGAAGAUCCAGGUGACAAACUACGCUGGUGGUCUAUUUAUCGUGAACCAGAGCAUGAGCUUGUUGGAAGAGUACAGCUUUACAUAAAUUAUUCAACAAUUCUAGAUGAAAACAGUAAUCUUAAGUGUGGCUCUGUUGCAGAAACUGUGGCGUAUGAUCUGGUAUUAGAAGUUGCAAUGAAAGUGCAGCAUUUUCAACAAAGAAAUUUAUUGCUUCAUGGACAAUGGAAGUGGUUACUGACUGAAUUUGCAUUAUAUUAUGGGGUUUCCGACGCAUACACAAAGCUAAGGUAUCUUUCUUAUGUCAUGGAUGUGGCUACGCCUACAGCUGACUGUCUCACGCUUGUGUAUGAUUUGCUAUUGCCCAUAGUUAUGAAGGGCCACACUAAGAGCACAUUGAGCCAUCAAGAGAACCGUAUCUUAGGAGAAACAGAAGAUCAAAUUGAACAGAUCCUUGCUCUGGUUUUUGAGAACUACAAGUCACUGGAUGAGGCAGCACCAUCUGGGAUUAUGGAUGUUUUCAGGCCUGCAACUGGACUUGCAGCACCUGUGUUGGAGCCUGCUGUAAAGCUGUAUACUCUUCUUCAUGAUGUAUUAUCUCCUGAAGCACAGAAUAAACUGUGCAGCCAUUUCCAGGCUGCUGCAAAGAAGAGAUCAAGAAGGCACUUAACCGAGACGGAUGAGUUUGUUGCCGGCAAUAGUGAAGGCAUUUUGAUGGAUACUGUUACUAUUUCUACUGCUUAUCAGAAGAUGAAAUCCCUUUGUUUGAACAUCAAAAAUGAAAUUUCUACUGAUAUAGAGAUCCACAAUCAACAUAUACUUCCCAGUUUUAUAGACCUCCCCAAUCUUUCAUCGUCGAUAUACAGUGCAGAACUUUGCAGUAGACUGCGUGCAUUCCUCAUUGCAUGUCCUCCAGCAGGCCCCUCACCUCCUGUAGCCGAACUUGUCAUUGCAACAGCAGAUUUUCAGAGGGAUCUUGCCAGCUGGAAUAUUAAUCCUGUCAAAGGUGGAGUCGAUGCAAAAGAACUCUUCCAUUUGUAUAUUGUCCUCUGGAUUCAAGAUAAGCGCCUUGCUUUGCUCGAGUCAUGCAAAUUGGAUAAGGUUAAAUGGUCAGGAGUGAGGACACAACACUCAACAACACCUUUUGUGGAUGAUAUGUAUGACCGCUUAAAAGAAACUUUGAAUGAUUAUGAGGUCAUCAUAUGUCGCUGGCCAGAAUACACUUUUGUGUUGGAAAAUGCUAUUGCUGACAUAGAAAAGGCGAUUGUGGAGGCCAUGGACAAGCAGUACGCAGAUGUUUUGUUGCCAUUAAAGGAAAACAUGGCACCCAAGAAAUUUGGCUUCAAAUAUGUCCAGAAGCUGGCAAAACGAUCCGUCUGUCCCUAUGUCGUACCUGAUGAACUGGGAAUUCUUUUGAAUUCCAUGAAGAGGAUGCUUGAUAUCCUGCGCCCUAAGAUAGAAUAUCAGUUUAAGACAUGGGGUUCUUGCAUUCCUGAUGGAGGAAACAUGGCUCCUGGAGAGCGUCUUAGUGAAGUAACUGUAAUGCUAAGAACCAAGUUCAGAAAUUAUCUGCAAGCAGUUGUGGAAAAGCUUUCAGAAAAUACAAAGUUACAGAGUGCUACAAAACUGAAAAAGAUUCUUCAGGAUUCUAAAGAGAGCGCGGUAGAAUCAGACAUAAGAAGCAGAAUGCAGCCACUAAAAGACCAGCUGAUUGAUACAAUAAAUCACCUCCACACAGUCUUUGAAACCCAUGUCUUCAUUGCAAUCUGUCGGGGUUAUUGGGAUCGUAUAGGAAAGGAUGUUCUGAGUUUCUUGGAGAACAGGAAAGAAAAUAGAUCUUGGUAUAAAGGUUCAAGAAUUGCUGUCAAUAUUUUGGAUGAUACUUUUGCAUCGCAGAUGCAGCAGCUGCUCGGCAACUCCCUUAAUGAGAAGGACCUGGAGCCCCCAGCAUCCAUCGCUGAAGUCCGGUCAAUGCUUUGCAAAGACACUGCAAAUCACAAAGGCAACACAUACUACUAUUAAGACUUGAACCUUGUGUCCAGAUAUGAUUGAUGAGACCAACAUUGGUAUAUAUAGAGAGAGAAGGGGAUGGAUGGAUGGGGGAGCAUAGAAAUGUAUAUAUGUUGUCAAGAUAGGAGCGGGAGAUAGUAUCAGAUUUCCUUGAUGGCCUGCUGAAAAACAGAAGUCAUUUUUCGGUCAACAGAAUGUUAAAAUACAAGCGGGAGAUAGAGGGUUUUAUCAGAUUCCUUGUGGCCUGCUGAAUCAUGGAUGUCCUUUUGGUUAUCAAAAUGUAUAACAUGGUUUUAAACCACAGGUUUAUGCCAAUUUUGUAGAGUCAGUGAAUGACUUGGUUCAUUUGGGUUCACCUACCCUGUAAGCCCCCACAUCUUGGAUUGUUUCAAUUUUUUGCAUUUGAAAAUAUAUAAUAUUUUUUUACAA